UUAGAGUUUCGGUUUUACUGGUGUGAACAAGCAGCUCAACGGACAAGAUGAAAUUCUUCCUGAUCGCUUUUGCCGUGAUCGCAGCCGUGGCCGCUGAUGUCAGCCACCUGCCCUCCAACGAGUACUUGCCCCCUGUGGUGCAGGAGUCGCAGAUCAUCGCUGCCCCCAGCAACGAUUAUCUUCCCCCCAUCCAGGCCGAGGCAGCCCCUGCCCAUGAGCUUGCCGAUGAUGGCUACCGUUACAAGACCCACAAGCGUGUGGUCCUCCGCCGUCACCGUCGUGAUGUGAGCCACCUGCCCUCCAACGAGUACCUGCCCCCAGUUGCCGCUCCUUCCAACGAGUACCUGCCCCCCGUACAGGUGGCCGCUCCUGCUCCCAUCCCAGUCCAGAUCGCUGCCCCCAUCCAGGUUGCCGCUCCUGCUCCAGUUGAGAUUGAGGCUGCCCCAGCCCAUGAGCUCGCUGAUGAUGGUUACCGCUACAAGACCAAUCGUCGCGUUGUCUACCGUCGCCACCGUCGUGAUGUCAACGAGCUGUCCAACGAGUACCUGCCCCCCGUCCAGGAGGCCGUCGCUCCUUCCAACGAGUACUUGGCCCCUGCUGUCGAUACCGUCUUGGCUGAUGAUGGCUACCGUUACAAGACCAACAAGCGUGUGGUGAUCCGUCGUCAUCGUCGUGAUGUCAACGAGCUCUCCAACGAGUACCUGCCCCCCGUCCAGGAGGCCGUCGCUCCUUCCAACGAGUACUUGGCCCCUGCUGUCGAUACCGUCUUGGCUGAUGAUGGCUACCGUUACAAGACCAACAAGCGUGUGGUGAUCCGUCGUCAUCGUCGUGAUGUCAACGAGCUCUCCAACGAGUACCUGCCCCUCCAGGAGGCCGUCGCUCCUUCCAACGAGUACUUGGCCCCUGCUGUCGAUACCGUCUUGGCUGAUGAUGGCUACCGUUACAAGACCAACAAGCGUGUGGUGAUCCGUCGUCAUCGUCGUGAUGUCAACGAGCUGUCCAACGAGUACCUGCCCCCUGUCCAGGAGGCCGUCGCUCCUUCCAACGAGUACUUGGCUCCUGCUGUCGAUACCGUCUUGGCUGAUGAUGGCUACCGUUACAAGACCAACAAGCGUGUUGUGAUCCGUCGUCAUCGUCGUGAUGUCAACGAGCUGUCCAACGAGUACCUGCCCCCUGUCCAGGAGGCCGUCGCUCCUUCCAACGAGUACUUGGCUCCUGCUGUCGAUACCGUCUUGGCUGAUGAUGGCUACCGUUACAAGACCAACAAGCGUGUUGUGAUCCGUCGUCAUCGUCGUGAUGUCAACGAGCUGUCCAACGAGUACCUGCCCCCUGUCCAGGAGGCCGUCGCUCCUUCCAACGAGUACUUGGCUCCAGCUGUCGAUACCGUCUUGGCUGAUGAUGGUUACCGUUACAAGACCAACAAGCGUGUGGUGAUCCGUCGUCAUCGUCGUGAUGUCAACGAGCUCUCCAACGAGUACCUGCCCCCCGUCCAGGAGGCCAUCGCUCCUUCCAACGAGUACUUGGCUCCCGUUGCCAACACCGUUGAGGUCGCUCCCGCUCACAUCUUGGCCGAUGAUGGCUACCGUUACAAGACCCACAAGCGUGUUGUGAUCCGUCGUCAUUAAACCAUGCGAGAUCUGUUCCACCAAGUGAUUGAUUUGUACUCAUUUUGGAGUGCAAACUAUAUUAUAAGAAUAACUUUCCUUUUCAUUGAAGAAAUAUAAUAAUACGAAAACGAAUACA